AUAGUAACACCGCCACCUUUGAAAGCUAGGACAGAGGAUUCUCUUGACUUACCGUACCGUACCUGUGACCGCCGACGAUCGCCGCGGAAUUUUAGUACGAGAGGCGAGUGUCGCAGCGGCGGCAAUUAAGCGUCUGCUAGCGUUGCUUUCUUGUUACAGAUGCUAAAUUCGGAAGAAGCCGGAAAGCUUAGCAGACUCUGAGGCUUAUUUUUGAGAAGGUGAAUUUCUCGUCAGAGCAAGAAGAGGAAUCCAUAGCCAAUUGGAACAUUAAAAAAGAAGAGGACUUGUGAAGUCUGAUGAUUAACCCACCUCUCCCAUGGCGUCAAAAGAAUCGUCAUCGUUGCAAUCACCCCUGCCUUUAACUCCAUCAUCAAAGACAUGCAAAUCUCUGGUAGCAACACAACCUGCUCGUUUGGUAGCCAUGGAAACAAAUGAACCAUCAUCUCAUCAGCCAAUGAACAUCUUUGGACAAGUCACAGAUUUCUUAGAUCGUCACUUACAAUCUCUGAGGAUUGGUGUUGCUCUGAUUGGGGUGACGGGUUUGGUUCUCAUAGGAAGAAGCAUUAGAAUGAUGAAGAUGUUCCGCUCUGUGUCCGAUAUACCAGAAGAGUUUAUCAGAAAGCAGAUGACCCUUAGAGGAAAGGUCAGAGGUCAUGAGGGUCAUCACAUUAUGGUUGAACAUCUUCCUAUUGUCCAAGGAAUGAAAGGAAGGAUCAAAGGACAUCAAGAUUCUCUGUUAUCUGUAUGUCUAGCAGGAGUCAAUAUUUCUGAGGCUGGUUUGACCAACCUGGUCACAUUGAUUCCUCUUGACUCCAUUAUCUGGUUCAGACUACUCGCCGUGAAUGAGCAAAAACAACUAGAAUGCAUCGUCAAAAGGAGAAAGAACCUGUUCUCAUUGAUGGUGAAUGAGACACUGGUAAAGCAAGGCUUUGCUCAAGUCAAGCCAGCCCACCCAUCGAUGGCUCUCCACCCAACGACAGUCAAGCUAAUCCAAAGACUAUCCAAGGCAGAGCUCUACGCCGAGAAAAAGUCCAAAGGAAUCUGGGCCAAGCCACCUCUCAGGGAGAGAAUGAACGAGGAAAUCGGAGAGAUGAAGGAUGGAUUGAAGGAAAGAACGGUAUCCACCUUGAAGCCUCUGUCAGCAGGCGUGAAUGCUGUUAAAUCGGUAAAAGCAAGGUUGGGUGCAUUGGUCAGGUGGCCUAAGAAGGGUUCAAAGAAUGGUUGACUCUACCUCUGGCAGAUGAACCUCUUCAGGAGCUUUGAAAGUGAUCUAUAUCCAGGGUGGAUUCUACUGCUAUCUCUCCCCUGAUUGUAGGAGAGAUUGGUUUUCAACAUGAAGACAUGAAGCUAACAUGGCUGCUGUUAGGUCAACAUAAUUGGUUAUGUUAUAAAGGGUUGGUGCAGUCAUCAACUGGCCCCCAUAAGGCCCGAAUUCUCGAAAGGUGGCUAACUUUAAUAGCCCAUGGGGGAUAGUUAGUCCAGUCGGGCUAAGUUAGCCACCCUUUGAGAAUUCUUGCCUUUGAGUUCAAAGAAUUGUUGAAUCAUCAUCGAGCAGAGGGGGCUCGUCAAUAGCUGCCAUGCUAGUGGUAGUCCAUACUGUUAGUCCAUAAAUACCUCUAUUCCUGAGGACAGCCAUUCAUAACUUGUAAUUUCCUAUACAAAAAGAUCAACGAGCCAUAUAUGCAUGAUGCCCUAAGGUCUGGGGGAAAUAUGAAGAUUUUGUAAACCCACCUCUACUUUCACUCUUCAAAGUAACUUUAUUAAUCUGUAUCAUGAAAAAUUAUGAAGUUUUGAUAAUUUAUGGAAAGGCUCUUGCUUUCAUGUCAUUUAAUUCACAAUGCAUUUGUAUUCUAUUUCAAGCAUCUUGGUUGUUCUAUUCAAUAAAUUGUGGAUGUAUUCUAAAAGAAAAGAUGUUCUUUCAAAAAAAAAUAAUAACUAUUUUAUGUUAACAUUGGAUUAGAUUUGAUUAAAUUCUUUGUUGGUCUACAUCUGAAACAGACAAAUUUGGCUUCCAAAAAUAACCAAAUACAAUAUACGGUACCGGUGGUUAGAGAAAUAAAUGAUAAAUUCUUAGGUUGAUAACGGUAUUGGUUAUUUAAUUUGGAUAUACCAAGAUGAUGGCGACACAUGAAAUUUUUAUUCUAUACAUCAUUUUGUAAAAUGAGCUGGGGAGAACUGGGAUUGAUUUUUUUAAUGGACUAAAUGUCAUCUUUCUUGCCUUGUUGUUUAGACCUGCAUGAUGACAUGUAUUUUUGUUGUGUGAAUUCAUUGUACUUUUCAUCUCUCUUCCAAUCAUUAGACUUUGAAAAUAUUUUCCUUUGUUCAGGUCAGUGUGUAGUUAUAUAUAUGGACAUCCAGCCGCAAUACCCUUAAUAUGAAAUGAAAACUUUCUAAAUCAUCCUUUCAUGAAUUGAAUAGGAAAUAAUAUGAGACUUUUUGUGAAAAAAUUAAAGGGAAUUAAACCCAAACGAUUUUUUGUAUAGGUGAAAAAUAAAAAAGAUCAGAAAUUAGGUCAUCAUGACAUCACUUGAACCCACAAUCACAACAAUGUACUAAUUCAGCCAAUGGUUUUUAAUUUGUGGUUUAAAUUUUGGAUAGACAGAUGUGUUCCUUUAAUCACCCCAAUUUCAGUCUUUUGAUUGAAUAAUCCAAACAGUAAUCACAAUAAGACUCAGAUUUUAAUAUAUUGAGUGCUCCAGAAGGUUGAUGAAUGAAAAAUAUGGCUGGAGAUUUGUGUUACAUUUUGGCCGCCAAUAGGACACAAUGUAAAAACAUUCAAAAUGAAUAUGAAUGAAUGACUUUUCUUUGCAAUACAAUCACUUUUAUUUAUAUUCUCUUCUCACCAUAAUAAAAAUAAACAAAUAAAAUAGAAUAGGAUGUGUAUCCACCUGUUAGGAGCUGAGAGCGCUCCUAUAUUACCCCGGCUAAGACAGUCGACCUAUUCUGGUGCUCACAGCUUUGGUAUCAUUAUUGGGUUACAAUAGGAGGCAAUUAAGAUGAAUAUGAACGAUAGAUGCUUCUUGGAAAUAUAUUCACAAACUAGUAUCUCUAUUCUGUUCACCUUAAUUGGUAUCAAGGAUUACUUGAAGUUAUACAUUUUUUUUUUAACGAAAUUCAAAUGGAAGAGAAUAAAAGCAUUAAUUAGGGUUGCAAAGAUGAAACUGUUUUUCACAAUAUAAUUAUGUAUAAAAUAGAGGUAUGAAUAAAAGAGUAUUUUAACUGUUGAUUAACAUGUGGCAAUCUUCCUCACUUGAAGGUGUAUCGUCAGGGUAUUUGAUUGGUGGGUGGGGGGGAGCAAGACAAUCUAAUUUCUGUUCUCAAUUAAUCACAGGGAUAAUACACAACCAUUGCUUCACUUUGUCACACUUAUCUUCUCUUCCUUUCAUCUCCUUUUUCCCCUUUUUAUCCACUAUGAAAAAAAAAAUCAAGGGGGGAGGGGGAGGUCACCCCGUUAUAUCAAUCACCAGGGCCCCAUCUGAUAGAGAGUUGCGAUUGACCCGAUUAGUCUAAACUAUAUGGAAAACCAACAAUGUCAUAUUUUUACAGGAAAUUUGCAGUGUCCUUUGUAAGAAAAGAAAAGCACACUAAAUUUCAUACAUUUUAGAUGUUGACAUUGCUGGCUUUCCAUAGUUGUGGUUGAUCGGAUCAAUCGCAACUCUGUGGAAGACGGGGCCCAGCCCUGCAUCACUCCAUUUUUCUUCUACUCUCUCUGGGCCUGUCUUACAAAGAGUUGUGAUUGAUCCGAUCAAUUGCAACUAUGGACGGCCAGCAACAUCAACAAGUAUUAUGCAUGUUUGUUCAAAAUAUUUUCUAGCUUUGACGUAUAUUCAUGCAUUCAUUGUUUUCUUGAAAAUUCACUGUGCUUCUCUGUUUACAAAGGACAUUGUGCAAAUUUCUUGUAGAAAAAAUUAUGGCACUGAUGGAUUUCCAUAGAGUUACGAUUGAUUGGAUCAAUCGUAACUCUCUAAGACGGGGCCUCUAUCUCCCACUCUCUCCCCUUCUUCCUCUCCCUCUCUUUUCCUUUACCACUCUCCCACCCAGUUCUUUUUCACAUUCUUUCACUUGUGGCUCUCUUCCUCUUUUCUUGUUAGAACAAAUGUCACCAAUGGAAAGUGGAUUCUGCCUCGAUCACAAAAAAAAAACCUGACUUGUAUGUUAACAAAAGUCAACAAACAUAUAAGGUAUAAGCAUUAGAAUCAGGGAUGUGGAACACCUUUGAAAGUGUGGGGGAGGCUAAUUAUGCAUAAAAGUAACAAUAAUUUUCAUGUUUUCAUGUUUUUCACUGUGUGGGGGAGGCUAAUUAUGCAUAAAAGUAACAAUAAUUUUCAUGUUUUUGUAAACAUGCAUUGAAAAGUUCUGCAGCCUCCUAGAAUAAUGCAUUUUAAAUAAUAAUAAUAGUACAGUUCUUAAAUACGCAUAACACCUACAGGUCUCUAUGCGCGAGGAAAGCGAGAAAUGUGGUGAGAAUUGUAAAUUCAAAAAUUAGACAUCAAAUAAUUAUACAUAAGAUCAGGCAACCAACUUUUUCUGGCAAGUCAUUUUGACUAAUUGGAAGUGUUGACUACUUUCUUUUCACAUUUUGCCAAGAAAUGAGAAAAAUACAAUGCAAUCCGGAAUAAAAAUUGAAAAAUGUCAUGGUUUUCGGAAAGAAUACAGAAUUUUAUGAAAAAUAAUACUUCUGGGCAACAAUAAAGACUGAACUAGCAAACUACAGUAAUAAGCAACAGAAUUGCUUACACCUGAUUGGUUCAAGGCAGAAUUGUUGGAGAAAAUUGCUGGCUAUUUGUUUCUUACAAUGCUCCUAUUAGAAGCCUUUGAUCAAUUAAAACUAGAUUUCAAAUAAUAUCAAUCAAAGUAUGAUUUUUUUCAUGGAUUAGUUUGAUCUUUCAUCGUACAUGGCAUGAGUCUUGAAUCAUCUAUUUUCAAGGCAACUUUCCUCUUACACAAAACCAAGACUAUAAUCAACAAAAUAAGAAAACAAUAUUUUGUUCCUAAAUACUUCUAUUUUUAUUGAGGUUUAUCAUCAUCGUACUCAUAUGGAGGCUCAUACAAACAAGGGGUACAAAAUCUGAAGGAAAUACUGCACAUCAAAUCCAACCCUCUACGUCAACACAUCCAACAUUCAAAGAAAAAUCUACAACCCUGAUUGAUAAUGAUAAAACCACUAUAAAAUUCAGCUUAAUGAAAUAUAUUGUAAAUGGAUAAAGUUUUUAAUCAAGGGCAGUUAUGACUGCCGGCUCCUGGAGCCGAGUUAGAGUACAAUAUGAAACGAAACAGUGUUUAUGAAGUGUUUUAUUUUUAUAAUUCCUGUGGAAUAAAUAAGAGUUAUACUUCUGAAGUAA